AUGGCUCCUGGCAGUGCUCGCGACUUCAACUGCUCGUGGGAGCAUUGUGGCAAGUCUUUCAAUCGCAAGUCAGACCUCUGUCGCCAUUAUCGCAUCCACACGAAUGAGCGACCAUAUCACUGCACGGUGAAGGACUGCAACAAGAGUUUCAUCCAGCGUAGCGCUCUGACCGUGCAUUCACGAACUCACACUGGCGAAAAGCCUCAUGUCUGUGACCAUGAGGGCUGCCAAAAGGCAUUCUCAGAUUCCUCGAGUUUAGCCCGUCAUCGGCGAAUUCAUACGGGUAAACGACCAUAUAUUUGCCAGGAACCAACCUGUGAGCGAAGACCAAAAAAGCUCACCCUGGAGCCAUCACAGCUUCUGUCGCAAGACCACCCUGACGAAACACCAACACCGUUCGCAUCCCCGGGCUCCUUGACACGACCAUCCUCGGAAGACGCCGUCUCAGAGCAUUCGUAUCAACACCCGACCCCGGUGACCGUCUCAAUACCCAACGCGCACGAACAGUAUCUCCUGGCGCAGCAGCCUUACUAUCCGAACUCCGCGACACCCAACCACGAGUUCUACUCCCCACAAAGCGUUCCGAUGGGCCAGGUACCCGGCCAGGUUCCUGUGCACGAAAACGCACCGAUUGUGACGCAGAACGUCCCUGUUACCUCUGCGAUGAACAUGACACACGCGCAGCACCCACAACAACACCAUCACCACCAAUCGACGCAUCCGCAGCAACACCAGCAACAACACCAGCACCAGCAACAACAACAACAACAGCAGUAUAUGCAGAUGAUGCAGCCGCGCUAUGAUCCAAGCCCGCGCCCCAACUACAUGCCCCCCGAGUAUCACCAACCGCCGUUCUCGGGCCACCAGCUGCCAGAGGGACAGCCAAUGAUGGUGGGAUACCAUCCUAAUUUUCAGUACAAACCCCCAACUGCCCGGAUCUUGAACCAAGCGGAGGGGACUGACUGGGGUUUUCUGGGGGUAGGAUAA